GCAUUUAUUCUUUUUUGGGUUAUAAAAGGAAGAAAAUCACAGAAGAGAAAACACAAAGAAAGAACAAAACAACAAUGUCUACUCUUACCAUUCCUCCAUCUCUAACCUCUCCUCGUGAUGAUGCUAUUCUUCUCUAUCGUGCUUUUAAGGGGUUUGGUUGUGAUUCAGCAGCAGUAAUUAAUGUUCUUGCUCAUAGAGAUCAAACACAACGUGUUCUUAUUCAACAAGAGUACAAAUCAAUGUAUUCCGAAGAUCUUUCGAAACGCUUAGCAUCGGAACUUAGUGGCAAAUUAGAGAUUGCGGUUCUUCUUUGGAUGCAUGAUCCUGCUGGUCGGGAUGCGCUGAUCGUUAAGCAAGCACUGAAUCCCGACAUACUUGAUCUGCAAGGCGCUACUGAAGUUAUAUGUUCGCGAACACCGUCUCAGAUUCAGCAUUUUAAGCAGAUUUACUAUUCGAAAUUCGGAGUGUACCUUGAAAAUGAUAUUGAAAACUACACUUCUGGGGAUCAUAAAAUGCUCUUACUAGCAUAUGUGAGUACACAACGUUAUGAAGGACCCGAAAUCGAUAGAGAGAUGGCGGUAAAUGAUGCAAAACAUUUGUACAAAGCAGGGGAGAAGAAAUUAGGAACUGAUGAGAAGACAUUCAUCCACAUAUUUAGCCAACGAAGCAGAUCGAAUUUGGUUGCUGUUGCUUCGGCUUAUCGUGACAUGUAUGGAUCCCUUAAAAAGGCAAUAAAGAGUGAAACUUCGGGUUAUUUUGAGCACGGUCUUCUGACAAUACUUCGUUGCGCUGAAAAUCCUCCGAAGUAUUUUGCAAAGGUUUUGUACAAGGCAAUGAAAGGUUUUGGAACCAAUGACACCACAUUGAUUAGGGUAAUUGUAACAAGGACUGAAAUAGAUAUGCAAUACAUUAAGGCUGAAUAUCUUAAGAAGUACAAGAAACCAUUGAAUGAUGCAGUUCAUUCUGAAACAUCAGGCCAUUAUAGGACCUUUCUUCUCUCCCUUUUGGGUCCGAAUAAUUAGUCUAAAAAUGAAUUGGAUUUGAUUUACUAUUGUUAUCAGUGUAAUUUAAUAUCGAGUCUCUCACAUAUUCUCUGUGAGACAAGACAUCAAUAAUGAUUUGUUAUGUUAUGAGUGUUGGGUGUUAUAAA